CCGGAGCGAUCGCUGGCCAGCGAAGCACCACACUCGCUUGUUUGAGGACAACGGCGCUCCGCCGGUGAGCACGAGCCUGGGAGAUGGCCGUGAUGGAAGUGGCCUGCCCAGGCACUCCUGGGUCAGCAGGCGGGCAGCAGAAGGAGCUUGCCAAAGCCAAGGAGAAGACGCAGUCACUGGGGAAGAAGCAGAGCUGCAUCUUCAAGCUUGAGGCUGUGGAGAAGAGCCCCGUGUUCUGUGGGAAGUGGGAGAUCCUGAACGAUGUGAUCACCAAAGGCACAGCCAAGGAAGGCUCUGAGGGUGGACCACCGGCCAUCUCCAUCAUCGCCCAGGCUGAAUGUGAGAAUAGCCAAGAGUUCAGCCCCACCUUCUCAGAACGCAUUUUCAUUGCUGGGUCACAGCAGUACAGCCAGUCUGAGAGUCUCGAUCAAAUCCCCAACAAUGUGGCCCAUGCAACUGAAGGCAAAAUGGCCCGUGUGUGCCGGAGGGGAAAACGUCACGGCAAAGCCCGAAAAAAACGUAGGAAGAAGAGGUCGAAGUCACUGGCCCAGGCAGGAGUGGCCUUAGCCAAGCCCCUGCCCAGAACCCCUGAGCAAGAGAGUUGUACCAUCCCAGUCCAGGAAGAUGAGUCUCCACUAGGCAACCUCUAUGCCAGAAAUGUCUCCCAGUUCACCAAGCCUCUGGGGGGCCCAGGCCUUGGUCACCUGUGCUUUAAGAAACAAAAUGAAGGCCUGCGACCGGUACUGCCUCGACCAGAACUCCACAAACUGAUCAGCCCCUUGCAAUGUCUAAACCACGUGUGGAAACUCCACCACCCCCAGGCCGCAGGCCCCCUGCCCCACCCCACUCACCCCUUCCCCUACAGCGGAAUGCCCCAUCCUUUCCCAUUCUACCCCCUGGAGCCCUGGAGACCCUAUACGCUGGACUCCACCAUCCUGGACAAACUAGCCGGUGUCAGCGGCCAGCGGCCUCUGCCUGGCCCACCGCACCUAAGCAAACUGGCCCACGGAGACUGUCAGAAACCCCUGCCUGGCACACGCCUGGAGUCCAGAUGCCUGUCUCGGGGUGCCCUAGAAAAGGUUCCCGUGGAGGACUACCUGGUGCAUGCGCUCCAAGGAAGUGUGAGCUCAGGCCAGGCCCACAGCCUGGCCAGCCUGGCUAAGACGUGGUCGUCAGGGAGCUCCAAGCUGCAGAGGCUCAGCCCUGAAACUGAGGACAACGAGGGGGUCCUGCUUACUGAGAAACUCAAGCCAGUGGAUUAUGAGUAUCGAGAAGAGGUCCACUGGAUGACACACCAGCCUCGGGUGGGCAGAGGCUCCUUCGGCGAGGUCCACAGAAUGAAGGACAAGCAGACAGGCUUCCAGUGUGCUGUCAAAAAGGUACGGCUUGAGGUGUUUCGGGCAGAGGAACUGGUGGCCUGUGCUGGUCUGAGCUCGCCCAGAAUCGUCCCUCUCUAUGGUGCUGUGAGAGAAGGCCCGUGGGUGAACAUCUUCAUGGAACUGCUAGAAGGUGGCUCGCUCGGUCAGCUCAUAAAGCAGAAGGGCUGUCUGCCAGAAGACCGAGCCCUUUACUACCUGGGCCAGGCUCUGGAGGGGCUGGAGUACCUCCACAUACGCAGGAUUCUGCAUGGCGAUGUCAAAGCUGACAACGUGCUCCUGUCCAGUGAUGGAAGCCGAGCUGCCCUCUGUGACUUUGGCCACGCCUUGUGCCUGCAACCUGAUGGCCUAGGAAAAUCCUUACUCACAGGGGACUACAUUCCUGGCACGGAGACCCACAUGGCACCGGAAGUGGUGAUGGGAAAGCCCUGCGAUGCCAAGGUGGACAUCUGGAGCAGCUGCUGCAUGAUGCUCCACAUGCUCAAUGGCUGCCACCCCUGGACUCAGUACUUCCGAGGCCCGCUCUGUCUCAAGAUUGCCAGUGAGCCUCCACCAGUCAGGGAGAUCCCGCCUUCCUGCGCACCCCUCACAGCCCAGGCCAUCCAGGAGGGGCUGAGGAAAGAGCCAGCCCACCGAGCAUCUGCCAUGGAGCUUCGGAGGAAAGUGGGCAAGGCGCUGCAGGAAGUGGGAGGUCUGAAAAGUCCUUGGAAAGGAGAAUAUAAAGAACCAAGACCUCCACCCCAAGACCAAGCCACCUGCCACCAGACCCUACCUACCCCACCAAGAGAGAACCCACCAGCCAAGGCGAACACAGACGGGGCCCCCGAGCCUCAGCCUCCUCUACCGCCAGAACCACCAGAACCGAACAAAACACCAGCCCUGAACCUGAGCAAGGAGGAGUCUGGCACGUGGGAACCCCUGCCUCUGUCCUCCCUAGACCCAGCCACUGCCAAAGGCCCCAGCUUCCCAGACCGGAGGGCAACCUUGCCAGAGCUGGAGCUGCAGCAACUGGAGAUAGAACUGUUUCUCAACAGCCUGUCCCAGCCAUUCUCUCUGGAGGAACAGGAACAGAUCCUCUCCUGCCUCAGUAUCGACAGCCUCUCGCUGUCAGACGACAGCGAAAAGAAUCCAUCGAAGGCCUCUCAGAGCUCGCGGGACACCCUGAGUUCCGGAGUGCACUCUUGGAACAGCCAAGCUGAGGCAGGAGCCUGCAGCUACAGCCCGGCGCUGGCCCGGGGGCGACCUACUGACAUCCCCAGCUACUUCAACGGGGUCAAGGUCCAGAUCCAGUCUCUCAAUGGCGAGCACCUGCACAUCCGGGAAUUCCACCGGGUCAAGGUGGGAGACAUUGCAACCGGCAUCAGCAGCCAGAUCCCAGCCUCAGCUUUCAGCCUGGUGACCAAAGAUGGACAGCCUGUUUGCUAUGACAUGGAGGUGCCAGACUCAGGCAUCGACCUGCAGUGCACCCUGGCCCCUGAUGGAAGCUUUGCUUGGACCUGGAGGGUCAAACAUGGUCAGCUGGAGAACCGACCCUAGCCCUGUCUUCCACCACCAGCUCCAUUCCAGCCACAGCAGGCUUCCUUUGAAUCGCAGUACUCUGAGAUGCUGGACGGGUCUGCACAGGGACCUGCCAGUCCCUGGCUCAGCAUGAAGACCAGGGCUUGUGAAGGGAGCAGAGUAAAGCACCUCCCAGGACUUGCCUCCUGAGUGCUGCUGGCUCCUGGCAGGAGAAACUCCUCCCUCAUGAGGAGACAAGGAGGAAGGAAGACAGGGGUCUCUGUGAUGCUCCAAACAAGGAAGCCAGACCCCCAUGGAUCAGUCAGCACUUGCCAGUGGUUGGGGAGCAGCUUCUAGCCUGGGUCACGAAGAGCAGGUACCCCUAGGAAGGCAGGGGAGAGUCUAAGGGUUCCUGCCCAGCUCCUAUAGGGCAAGACAGUAGGUGUGCCAGCCCAGGGACUGUAGAGUCCAUGGCCCCGUGUCUAGCCGCCCUGGCCUUGACUAGUGUGAGACGGAAGGAGCAGGAAGGACACUAGAAUGCGCCGAGCCUUCAGGUCAUUGCAGCCUGCGUCCUGGGUUGAGCUCCUUGAUCAACCAAGGACCAAGAAGAUUCUUGUGGCUGUGGACAGCACUCCUCAGCGUCCACCCCACUGGCUCCCUGGCACUCUAGUCCCUCAUCUGUGGCAAUGAAGGAUGACGUGAGACCCACCUGACAUGAUCAGUCUGCAAAUGAUAGAUACCCAAGAAAGCCACAGAAACAGGGCUCACCACCCCCUGGGGCACACUGUGGGCAUCCAGCAUGGUGACAGGCCGUUGCCAGCAGCAGCACUUUGUACUCACUGUGACCUCAGAGCACUUUCCUGGCUGCCUUCCAGCAGAGCAUUGGCUCUGCAUGAGCAGGGGCAGGCCAGGGGAUGGGGAAGGGAUUGUCUCGACCCAUCAUCCACGCAGGCUUGACCGCCCCCUCAAGCUUCUUUCAGACUUACGAUGAGCAUCCUCACCCCCACUGCCCUAGCUGGGGCUUUUCCUGGUGGGAUUUGGAAAUAGCUGCUUAGGACUCGUUGUAGCAUUAAGUUAACUGUGAAUCGUUUGCUGGGAGGGGCACAGAGGCUUCUCCCUCUGGAGAAGCUCGUCCCCCCACCUCAGCCAGCCAGGAUAGCUUCUGUCCGGCUACUUCCAAGGACCUAGGCUGCUCCUGGCCCCAGCACAUGAACGGCAGCCACGGUGCUGCAUCUGGGGUGCACUGAGCUCUGUAAGCAAUAAAAUUUGGAAUGA